GGUACGGAGGAGAGGGCAGGAACGGGGGGGCCCAGUAAGGUAUAUGAGGGCCUCAGUUCGAGCAACAGCCGGUACUCUAGCCUCGCUGCCUACUUACAUUCACAUACACUAACACAAUCGUACGAACAGGACACAAUGUACACCUACGUGACGGUAGCAACGGUGAUUGGUCUGAUAUUGUCGGUAUCGGCGCAGCAAUAUCAACAGAUCGACGAUUAUGCCGAUUAUCAGGCACCUAGGCCAGCUCACCCAACGCCAAGAAGUUAUUCGUCGGAUGCAGCACCGGCUCGACAACAAGCAGCAGCACCGCCAAGUCCGAAACCAACGCCGGUGGCCAUUUUGAAGCAAAUCAAUAGACACAACGAGGAUGGUUCUUAUACGUAUGGUUUUGAAGGAGCCGAUGGUUCUUUCAAGAUCGAAACGAAAUUACCAGGUGGCGAAGUAAAGGGGAAAUAUGGAUUCGUCGAUGACACUGGAAAGGUCCGAGUUGUGGAGUACGGAGCGAAUCAGUACGGUUUUCAACCGGCUGGCGAAGGUAUUACAGUGGCUCCGCCGACCUUGGUAGAUGAAACAACGAGCAAGGAGGCUCUCCAAGGUCAAAACUAUCAGGAUUACGACUAUCAACAAGCUGCCAGACCUCAACCGGCUCAAGCAGCCAUUCCGCGUCAACCUCAAUACCAACCACCACCUCAAACGCAUACCCAAGCUGUUUAUGCACCAGCACAACAGGCUCCCUCGCAGCCGGCUUUACCAAAAGCACCGAUCUUCUCUCCAGCGAUUCCUCGUCAAUCACCUUUACUACAACAAUCCUACGACGAACCAGUACCAACUUCUCAGAUUUACAAUCAAGGUCCUGCUCAAUUUGGUCCGGCUCCAGUUCAGGAACGAGGUCAACCUCAAACGCGCAGUCAAAGUGGCGGUAUCCUUGAUCAGCUUGCUAGAGAUUACGCUCUACCGCAAGGAGUAGCGCCGCCAUUGCACGAUAUUAGCUUCGGUUAUUACUAGCUCGUCUAGUCUAAUAUCAUUGAUUCUAUGACUGCCAGAAAUCAUACAGUGCAUUUUCUUUUAUUUUCUUUUUUUUUUUUUUCUUCCUCCCUCCUAAUUCACACUUAGAGAUUAGGGAUCUCCGCGUCCUAAAAAAAAAAAAAAAAAAAAAAGAAUGGAUUCGAGGACGGUACGAUAAUGAUGAACGAGUGAAUUUUGUUUGCUCGUGAUUAUUCUCUUUACAAUUUACUAUCGGAACUAUUAUGUUCAUGUUUCAUUAAGAUUGAUCGAUUGCUCUUAAAUAGAGAGAAAGAGUGGAGAGAGAGGAAAAGAGAAAGAGAAGGGGAAGUAUCUCGAGGUCAAUCGGUAAAGUUGAUUUCUGUUUAUUCUUUUCUCUUUUUUCUUUCUUUUCUUUUUUUUUUCUUUCCUUUCUUUUUUUGCUUUCUAUGAACUCUUGCGAAAGCAACAAGCAUCAAGAUCAAAUGUGUAUAGUGAGGAGCCUUGUUCCGAUAGUAGAUAGUUUGUCCGUGAACGAUAAUCCUUUCUUGGGACGAUUAGAAUUAUAUUAAUACGUAUUCUUGCCAUUUAUGCCAAACUUCGUAAAUAAUAUGAAUUAGACGAAGCGGAAAAAUGGAUUCGACAAAACAAUAUAAUUAUUUCAUUAUGAAAUUGUUUAAUUCGCACUGUAUAAUGCUCUUUAUGAGAAAAGAAAAGAAAAGAGAAAGGAAAAGGACACGAGUAUUGUUGUGUUCUCGAGUCACGUGGGAGCACCACGUCUCUCAUCCAUUUUAUCGUUAGGUUAUUUUAAUGUAAUUAAAUCGAAAUAAAGAGAAGAUCAUUAAUAAAA